AUCUCAGUAAUACCACUCCGUUCUUAUCCUCACCGAUUCGUCUUCAGACGCCGGGAAAAUCCAAGUUUCCUCCGGAGAAACUGUAGUGCGGAAGAGCUGAGAUUUUGCUUCGAUUCGAUACAGACUUUGAUUCUGCGAUCUUUGAGAUAUGAAUCCGCGAAGGGAACACCGAAAUAAUAGAGUUGCUCUGUUUGAUGGGAUUGAAGAGGGUGGCAUUAGGGCAUCAUCUUCUUACUCGCAUGAAAUUGAUGAGCAUGAUAAUGAGAGAGCAAUGGAAGGGUUACAAGACAGAGUCAAUCUGCUGAAAAGAUUGUCUGGUGAUAUUCAUGAGGAGGUGGAAGGUCACAACCGAAUGCUGGAUCGAAUGGGCAAUGAUAUGGAUGCAUCAAGGGGAAUUCUCUCGGGAACCAUGGACAAGUUUAAGAUGGUAUUUGAGACCAAAUCGAGCAGGAGAAUGUUUACACUCGUGGCAUCAUUUGUGGUCAUUUUCCUAAUCAUAUACUAUUUAACUCGGUAAUUUCUCUACUUAUGCAGCUGCCACCUUCUGUUUAGAACUGGGAAGACCCGAUUUAGCAUGGUUAACAUAAAAAUAUUGUUAAUUCCAACAAGAUAGUUUGGCAUGCUUGUAUAAAAAUGAUGUUGCCAUGUUGGUGUAAUCAAACUGGCUUUGAAUGAUUCAGGUUGUGUGCAGUAUAUUUGUCAU